UUGACAAAAGAGUACAGCAAAAAAUAUGCAUGCAAUGCAAUUAGACAAAAGAGAAUCUAUUUUCUUCACUUAUUUUGAGGCUUCGAUAGCAACAACCUCUUCAUACAGUUCCAAUUUAAUUAGAUUCAACCAAUUCAUUAAAAUGUUAUUAACCAAGGAAAUAUCAUAGAGACACAAAGACAUGGAAAAUGUGGAUCGCACCCCACUAGAAGCAAAACAUUACUAUUCAAAAUCAAUAUGGUGGCCAGAAGAACCACACAAAUGUGAAACAGAUUUUAACGGCUAUAGCUUCCAAGAAAUAGUGACACCAGAAAUUUCUGAAACAUUUGGAGAACUCAAAAGUUUAACAAGUAACAGAAACAGAGUUAAUGAGAUAGUGCCAGAGGAUGAUAGUGAAGAAAAUGGUGACUUUGGUCCUUACACUAGACAGAUGUUGUCAACAGAAAUUGUGGAAAUAGUCGAGGAUGGAAAGAGCAUAACAAUCAACAAAGAUAGAAGGGUUGAUGAUCUUUAUGUUGCUGUUGGAGAAGAUGAUUUGGAUGUUGUGAAAUGGGCUCUUGAUCAUGCUGUUUCUCCUGGUGCUAGGAUUUUUCUUGUUCAUGUCGCUCCUCCAAUUACAUUGAUUCCUACGCCAGUUGGGAUGUUUGAAAGAAGUCAACUAACCCCACAACAAGUAAGACGAUAUGUGAAUGAAGUGAACCAUAAAAGGAAAGAUAUUUUGCAAAAGUACAUCCAGCUGAGUACUGAAGCCAAGGUAACGGCAGAAACGUUGCUUCUGGAAAGCAAAUACAGAGGAAAAGCUAUUCUGGACCUCAUCUCUAUUCUUAACAUAACAAACCUUGUAUUUGGAAUCAAAAAGCUACCCUGCACAUGGCGCAAUGAUAAAUUGAGCGAAGUAGAGUUGGUUAAGAAAAAUGCACCAAAGACAUGUGAUGUUACCUUGGUUUACAAUGGCGAAUUGUUUGUGUCUGAUGCUUGUAUGCAUAACUUGCCAUCCCACGGCUUAUUAUCACUAAAUAAACAUCACUCAAAACGCAAUUUCUUUCAGUGUAUAUGCUUUUCAGGAUGCACAAGUGAAGACAAAGAUAACUAGUAACGCUUUGUCGAAAAGGUGACCUCAGAGUAUAAGCCAUCGAGCUUGCUCAUUAAUUCAUUUGCUGAAUCAGAAAUCAACUUUCAGUAAUGUGGACGUAGCUUUUGUUAACUGAUCUGUUACAUUGUAUAGCUUUAUUUAUUUAGUUACAAGAUUAUAUAAGUUUUUAUUCAACAGUUCAAUUUUAAAA